AUGGAUCAAGAAUUUGAUAUCAAGGUGGAAUGUGACGACUCUCCAAGUGCCCAAGGGUGCCUAGGUGGUCCCAUAGAGGAUCGUGAUCGUCCUAGCGAUAAAGAAGGCGAGGAUAAUUCGGGCCCGGGGGAACAGUCACGGAUUUACCUCAACGUUUCACCAAGUUAUGUCGGAGACUGGGAUGCAACAACAGCGUUCAGAGAGCUAUAUCAGAAUUGGAAGGACGCAAUCAUCCACUCAUUCAACCUGCAUCUCAGAGAUUUUAGGCCGUUGUACCAGGAAAACGGGGACUUCAUAUCAAUUACUGUGCCGGAAAUGGGCUCCAAUACAAAUGCAUUGGGAUUCAUACGGUACGAGAAGAAAUAUGGGCGCGUCGUCCUCGUGAACGCCUGCGCUCAGCUUCGGACCGAAUCGCUACAGCUAGGACACACAUCAAAAAAAGGCCAACUCCAGUUUGCAGGGUGCCACGGAGAGGGACUCAAACUUGCCGCCAUGGUGAUGUGCCGAGAAGGCUAUAGCGUCAGCAUUGAAACUGGCAAUUCUCAUUGGAGCUUUGUUUACGGAGGGCCUUCAAAAACUCGAUUUUACUGCAAUAUAGGUCCGCUUUGUGUGGCUACACCCGAGGUCAAACUCAAUCCUGCUCAAGACAUGGCUUGCUUUACGUACCGUACUUGGAGAGAUGUGUGCGUGGAGGUCGGACCGGACAGUGAAGGGACGGGAGGGGGUGUAUCCAUCGAGGAGUUCAGACAAUGGCUGACAGUAUCCCUCGAUAUCCAUGGCCACUCGUACCCUGAGUCUAUCAUCGAAACUGACCAAGGUGACCUGAUUAUUGACCCGAGAUUUCGCGAGGCACGGCCAUUCGAGCUUAGUUACAACUUCGUCCAAGGCGGAGUCAACCGUGACAGGCAGCGAUUAGUUAGUCGGUAUGAACAGGCCGAUAUGGUGCGACGAAUCUGGGAAUCUGCUAUCCGCGAAAACGAGGCCUUGACGCUUCCAAUUUAUGUUAAUCUACUGCGGAACUUCCCCCGCGCGCCAGACGUUGAGCUCGCUGAUCAGCUUCUGGACCAUCCCACGCGAUUUCGUAUCUGGAAAUAUCUCAUGAAGGAGGCAGGCGAUGAAAAAUUCUACUUCUGUCAAAAGACUGGUAGUCAGAGUGUUGGAUCCAUAACCAAGAGCCUGAGAAAAGAGCCGGCGGCGUUACCGGACACUCUGUGGAAUCUACUAAGAGGCGUUACGCCAAUCAGAACCGCUUACGAAGAGCAGAUCGAUAUGUUCCAGAAUGCCAACGUUUGCGAAUGCCACAGAACGCUGUUCGCCGUAACGAUCAGAAGGGCUCUAUGGGCAUCAAUGGCUCUCUGCGGCUAUCCUACAAACAUUCAAUUUGUUCACAGUGACAACAGCCAGAUUGACAUGGUCUUCGACAUGGGCUGUCGGACUUUGAAAAUUCACGAUCGAUGGCUGGAUCCUGGUGCAGUGCAUUAUCAAUCGCCUUGCCGACCUGGAAUGGAAUACGCGUUGACGGCAUGUGGGCCGUUCUUCUGCGACCAUGUCGUCGAGGAGCUCUUCGCAAUGGUGCAGGGCGAAAUGUCCAGAAUUUCACCAUCCGUCAUGAAUCAUAGUCGUCGCCACAGAGAAAUUCGACUUAAAAGUGUGGAAUUCGACCGGCUUGACAUCCAUAAGAAGUAUUUCCCCAUGAUAGCCGCGAACGAGCGAGCAGCUUUCUUCGGCCAGCCUACCUCACCUAUUCAUCCAGCCCGCCUGCCACAGCCGCCGUUCUAUACGCGUUGGGAUGGUACGACGCGCAACGAUUCACUUCAGCAGGUGCAAAAUACGAUGAACCCGAAUUUGGGAGGAAUAGUCGCUACAUCGCUCGGUCAAGCUACUUAUUAUGACGCCAGAUCACCAAAGAGGGCUUUGCCACCUUUGUAUCCCAACGACCGUCGGAUAGCAUAG